GUGCUUGUUGGGAUCAUGGCGGAGAAUCACUGCGAGCUGCUGCCGCCGGCUCCGAGCGGCCUCGGGGCGGGGCUGGGGGGCGGCCUGUGCCGUCGCUGCAGCGCUGGGCUCGGCGCCCUGGCACACCGCCCUAGCGGUGUGUCCAAGUGGGUCCGGCUCAAUGUCGGCGGCACCUACUUCCUCACCACCCGGCAGACGCUGUGCCGGGACCCGAAGUCUUUCCUGUACCGCUUGUGCCAGGCGGACCCCGACCUAGAUUCGGACAAGGAUGAAACGGGUGCCUAUUUAAUCGACAGAGAUCCCACCUACUUUGGACCUGUACUGAACUACUUGAGACAUGGAAAGCUGGUUAUUAACAAAGACCUCGCAGAGGAAGGAGUGUUGGAGGAAGCAGAAUUUUACAAUAUCACCUCACUAAUAAAACUUGUAAAGGACAAAAUUAGAGAACGAGACAGCAAAACAUCACAGAUGCCAGUGAAGCACGUGUACCGUGUGCUGCAGUGCCAGGAGGAGGAACUCACACAGAUGGUGUCCACCAUGUCAGACGGCUGGAAGUUUGAGCAGCUGGUCAGCAUCGGCUCCUCUUACAACUAUGGAAAUGAAGACCAGGCUGAGUUCCUCUGUGUGGUUUCCAAGGAGCUGCACAACACCCCAUAUGGCACAGCCAGUGAGCCAAGCGAGAAAGCCAAGAUUUUGCAAGAACGAGGCUCAAGGAUGUGAAGAGUACUGACAGCUGAAGAGGUGAUUUUCUUUUCCCCAAGAUAAAGUGAACUGCCAUGUGCAGAAAACAUGGCUGUGAGAAGAAACCUGCUUCUGAUCAUUUCUCUAGAGAUCUGGGUGUGGAUCCUUUUUUGCCUCAGAUGUGGGUGGCGAGAGACAGCCCAGCUGUCAAGCCAGUCGUCCCCACAGGGAGGCAGCUAGGGCUGGCUUGGCAGUCUCUGUGGCCUCACUCUGUUCUUUCUGAGUGCUAUGUGGGACUGAGGCAGGAUGCUGCUGACCAGGCCGUGCAUUCCUGAAGAUGAUUUGAAGGACAGGGUCCUUGGUGCUACACACAGUCUGCGACAAGCAGCCUGGGCCUUGCCAGGAGGGAGGGGCAGCAGCCGCAACUCCUAUCCAGUGCAUUGUGGCUUAGGGCGUGAGUGCCUGCUCAAAACUGGUUGAGCACCAGGCCCUCAUCCUUGGGUCAGGGAGGCCGCUCUGCCUCCAGGCAUGAUUGGUUGGUUUCUCUCGACCUCGGCUGAGGCUCCUGACUAAGGCAGCCUCCACAUUAUCACUACUUCUGGGCACCUCCCCUGGACUACACCCCUUCAGAGCCAGGCUCUUGUUCUGGCCUGUCAGCUUGGCCCAGGACCAUCAAGGCUUCUCAAUUUGUAUUUUCCAGGCAAGAGGACUUUGUAUCCCUUUUUUUAAAAGUGUGGAUAGACCACCCGGUGUUUAUACUCUUUAGAAAUGCCUAAAAGUGUUGCUACAUUUUGGAUUGAUCUGUUAAAUCAUUUAAGGGAGAUAGAGGUUUUGCCUCAUAUGUCCCACCUGUGGGCUCAUGGGGGAGCUGGCGCCUACCAGUGCCUUUGUUGUGCCUGGGAUGGAGGCUGGGGCGGGAGGCCUGUCCACCUGGCUUCUGGAGCUGACACUCCAGGUCAUGUUGAACAUUCAGGAUGUUUACAGCGCAAACAUGUCUCCUUCUCACUGGCUCUCAUUUCCUUGUAUAACUAUGCAGUUCUUCUCUUGUAUUUCUGGAGUGUUUGGGACUUUGCACAAGCUGCAUGGGCUCUGUUCAUCUGACACGGCAUUGGAGCUGCUAAGGUUCCUGCAGGGGCUGCGCCUGCUGGCUUCAAACAGACCUUUCUCAGCUGGGUGGGGGAUGUAGCAGGCCACAAACUUGGCCCAAGCAAGCAAGCUCUGUGCUUUUUGACCCCUGGCUUCCUAAGGGAGCUGUGCAAACUGACCGCCAUGGCUGCCCAUGUCCAGGUCACAGCCUCUAACACUGUUUCAAAUACUUCCGGAAACUUCUUGCCUAGGCCCUCUUCCUUCUCCUCUGCCAGUAACUGAUUAGUCCAGUUCUCCAACAUCGAGGAC